AAGUUUAUUUACAAUCGCGACAGUAUCAUUCCAAAGUUCAUAUCAAACGAUAACAGAAAAUCGCACUGUAAUACCUGCCACAGUACCUGUAAUCGGCGAAUCUCGGCGUUCACAACUACCUCAAAAAGGCAAUUAAAUCCAAGAAAUUUGCAUCAAACGUUGGAGAAUGUUCCUUCGUGCAGUAGUUCGUCAGUCAAACAUGUUGGGUCAGAGAAAUUUGUGCAGCCAGAUUAGCUCCCCUCGAUUAAAGGGGAAAGUUGCAGUUGUCACAGCAUCCACCGAUGGCAUUGGUUAUGCCAUCGCAGAACGAUUAGGCCAGGAAGGAGCAAAAGUGGUCGUCAGCAGCCGAAAGGAGCAAAAUGUGGUCAAAGCGGUGGAUCAACUGACCAAGAGCGGACUGGAUGUUGUUGGGGUCAAGUGUCACGUUGCCAAUGCAAGCGAUCGAAAGGCCCUGUUCGAGAAAGCCGUCGAGAAGUUCGGUGGAAUCGAUAUUCUGGUGUCGAACGCUGCCGUGAACCCAGAAGUGGGGGCUGUUCUGGAUGCUAGUGAAGCGGCGUGGGAUAAGAUUUUCGAAGUCAACGUAAAAUGUUCGUUCCUGCUGGCCAAGGAAGCUCUGCCUUAUCUACGCCAGAGGAAAAAUGGAAGCAUUGUGUUCGUGUCUUCGAUCGCCGGCUUCCAACCUUUCUCUCUGCUUGGAGCAUAUUCUGUAAGCAAGACGGCACUGUUCGGGCUGACCAAGGCAGCCAGCCAGGAUUUGGCGCCGGAAGGCAUCCGGGUUAAUUGCAUCGCACCGGGUAUUGUGCGAACCAAGUUUGCUGCUGCUCUCCAUGAGUCGGAAUCGGCUCGGGACACCGCUCUGGAAAAGAUCCCAAUGGGUCGAUUUGCUCAGCCACCGGAAAUUGCAGGUGUUUGUGCCUUCUUGGUGUCUGACGAUGCCAGUUACAUUACGGGAGAAACGAUUGUGGCGUCUGGUGGAAUGCCUUCGCGACUUUAAUAUGUAUCUAUAAUAUUGGUUCAUGGUUGUUGAAAUAAACUGUUUUGGUUUUCUUUAACUUAUUGUGUCAGUUGAUAAGCGAGGACAUUUGGAUUAAAAGCUUUCGAUCUUGC